AUGGCGUUCCAUGCAGGGGCAUUGAUUAAUGCCCACAUCGCUAGCUCCACCUACGCCUCAGCGCGUUCCUCAGACAAGGAGAGACGAGGCCUGCCCCUGCUCCUCUUCAUGUGGAGCCCAGUCCAGGAGCAUCCCUUAAAGGAAGCUGAGUCCAAGCCUGCAGGAGGCGAAGGAGGCUGCCCUUCAGAUGAGUUUCCUAAAAACGACGUGACCUGCCAAAUGGAUGUGAAUUUGCACUACAGAUGCAGGGGCAAAACCGCGGAUCCAGAACUUCCCAGUGGCUGUGCGGCUCAUGGUGAAUAUACUGAAUUAAACACUGAACUCUGGUUUUCUUUUGCUCCAGGGCAGCCCUUUGACCCUACCAUCUGCCUCACGCACACCGUCUCCAAUGUCAUCUGCUCUAUCGUCUUUGGGGAUCGGUUUGACUAUGAAGAUCAGAAAUUUCUGACUUUAAUUAAUCUCCUAGAGGAAAACAAUGAUCUCUUCAGGUCUGUUCUGGUACAGGUGUACAAUUUUUUCCCAACUUUUAUGUCUUACCUUCCGGGCCCUCACAAGAAGAUACUUAAAAAUUCUCAGGAGCUCAUUAGUUUUGUUCGAGAGAUAAUUAAGAUGCACAAGGAGUCUCUGGAUCCCAGCUGCCCUCGGGACUUCAUCGAUGCAUUCCUCAUCAAAAUGGAAGAGGAACGACAGAACGGCCAGUCGGUUUUUAACACUGAUAACUUGGUAAGAAGCACGAUAGAUUUAUUCCUGGCUGGAACAGGGACCACCAGCACCACCCUGAGACACGGAUUGCUGCUGCUUCUGAAAUACCCAGACGUAGAAGAGAAAGUUCACGAAGAGAUUGACCGUGUGAUUGGCCGAAACCGAAGCCCCUGCAUGGUGGACAGAAGCCAGAUGCCCUACACAGAUGCCGUGAUCCAUGAGAUCCAGAGAUUUGUUAACCUGGUCCCCUUCAGCCUCCCACACGCAGUGACCAAAGACGUUCGCUUCAGAGAAUAUGUUAUCCCCAAGGGCACUACAGUAUUCCCAUCUCUGGAAUCAGUCCUACGUGACAGCAAGGAAUUCCCAAACCCAGAGCAAUUUAACCCAGGACAUUUUUUGGAUGAAAAUGGUGCUUUUAAGAAGAGUGACUUCUUCAUGCCUUUUUCUGCAGGGAAACGAAUAUGCGUGGGAGAGGGGCUGGCUAGGAUGGAGCUCUUUUUGGUCCUGACAGUGAUUUUGCAGAAUUUUACCUUGAAACCUCUCAUUGACCCCAAAGACAUUGAUGUAACUUCGAUCCCAAGUCCUGUGAUAUUUGCACCAAAACCAUACCGGCUCUGUGUUUUGCCUCGAUAGAGACCGUGAAAAGCCACCUUAGUGUCCUAGACAGGUGCAGGAAUCUGAUUGUCUGUGAUCUUGGUCUCGUUAGCGCAGUGACACAAAUGAACUCCUUGUCUUAAACCAGCCAGAUAAAUAACCUGUUUUUUAAGCAACUGUGAUUUAUCAAAAUUAAGUGCAAUACCAAAUAAUAACUACCUGUUUGACUCUGAAGGCAUGAACCCAGCAGUGUUCUCAAAUGAGCACCGGUGUGACUCUGCUCUUGACAUAAGCUGGAUAUGUUUUCAGUUCAGUUGUGAUGCAGUUGGCAAUGCUGGAGACUUCUUUCGACAGCCACGAAAGCUGCUUUCUUUUACAAGGGGCUAGUUACACUGUCCAGCUCUUGAGCUCUGAUCAGCCAAUCAGAGCUAACUGUGACGAUGUAAUGCCUGUGAUUGGACGUUCUGCUGCGAUGUGACACGUUUCUGAAUUAGUGGGCUGACCUAGCAUUCUCCUUCCCUUGUUGUUCAUGUAAUUUCAAUGAUGGUCUAUUAAACUAUUAACUAUGACCUAUUAAACUUUCACUUAAUAAAGAUUUUUCUUAUUCCUCCA